AUGCCGAGCGCCACAGCGUCCGGCGCCAGCACCGGCGGCGGCGACUCGUCGUCGGCGCCGCGCUCCCGCGACCACAAGCAGGGCAACCAGAACCGCACCUUCACCGUCGAGCAAAAGGAGGCGGUGCUGCGCAUCCGGAAAUGCGGCGCCACGGCCUUCUACGACAUCCUGGGCCUCGAGUCGGUCAAGACGUCGUGCACCGACUCGGACAUCAAAAAGGCCUACCGCAAGCAGUCGCUGCUCACGCACCCGGACAAGAACGGCCACGAGCACGCCGAUGAGGCCUUCAAGAUGGUCAGCCGCGCCUUUGGCAUCCUCGGCGACAAGGAGAAGCGCGACAGGUACGACCGCUUCGGCGGCGACCCGGACAGCCGCUUCCAGAGCGCCCAGGCCCAGAACCCCUUUUCUGGCUUCGCCAGGAGGGCGCCCUCGGGCGGCAUGGGCGGCGGCGGCGGCGGCGGCAUGUGGGAGGAGGAGGUCAGCCCGGAGGAGAUGUUUGCGCGCUUCUUUGGCGGCGGUGGCGGCUUCGGCGGAGGGCCGUUUGGAGCCUUUGACACAGGACCGCAGUUUGUGUUCAACUUUGGCGGCGGCCCCGGCAUCCGAGUGCACCAGUUUGGCGGCGCGCGGCCACGGCGGCGACCACGCGACGCGCAGCCCGGCCAGCCCGGCCAACAGCAGCAGCAAAACGGCGGGCUGCAGAACCUCAUCGGCCUGCUGCCCAUCCUCUUCUUCUUCAUCCUGCCGCUCCUGUCGUCGCUCUUCUCGGGCUCGUCGUCGGCGUCGGCCACGCCGCGCAUGGUGUACGACAACCCGCAGCCGCCGUACACGCAGGGCCGGGUGACGCCCGAGCUCAAGGUGCACUACUUUGUCAACCCGGGGGACGUGGCGUCGUACAGCAAGGCCAAGCUCGGCGCGCUGGACCGCACCGCCGAGAACAACCUGGUGCGGCACCUGGGCAACGAGUGCGGCAACGAGAGGAUGUACCAGCGGAGGCUGCGCGAGGACGCCAUGGGCUGGUUCUACCAGGACCCGGACAAGAUGGCCAAGGCCAACGCGUACAAGAUGCCGUCGUGCGAGAGGCUCGAGAAGAUGGGCAUCCCCACGCGGUGA